AUGAGGCCGUCCGCGGUGACAGUUGUGAAAUAUUUGUUUUCCAAAAAGACAUCCAACAUGGACACAAAGGGAGACUCGCCCCUGUCGAGGACGCAGUCGUUGGUGGCCACGAAGCGCUGCAGCAGCGAGCCCUCCGACGAGAGGAUCCCCACUUCUGCAGCAGCAGCAGCAGCAGCAGCAGCAGCAGCAGCAGGUUGCGGGAAGCAGCAGCAGCAGGUUAGCGUCCCGCAGCAGCGCCGGCACAGCGUGCAGCGGCGCCAGCAGCAGACCCGGAUGUGGAAGCAGCAGCAGCAAGUUUUGCAGAAGCAGCAGCAGAUCGCGCAGCAGCAGCAACAGAAGGAUGCAGCAGCAGCAGCAGCAGCAGCAGCUGACCGAGUCUGCAUCUUAAAGUGA